AAUUUCCUGAAGUUGAAAAGCAGGAAAAUGGAACCAAUUUUGAAUCUAAGAGGCUUUAUGAAAACAUUACCAUAAAUGAGUAUGUGAUAUUAUAACUUUUCCGUUUCAGAGAGAGAAGAGUGUUACUUUACUUUUGUGAUUUGUUUUUCUUUCGUGAUGUUACAUCGAUGAUAGUCUAUGGUUUAGUGGCGCCAGCAGAGGGAGGUUGUUUUAUUGGCGGGAAAAUGGCUGCAGCAAGGGGCCUUAAGACAUUGCAAGUGGUGGCCCUUAUUUUUUUCGUAAGAAUACUCUCGGUCUUCUUUGUACAAACGUGGUAUGUGCCUGAUGAAUAUUGGCAAAGUUUGGAAGUUGCCCAUAAGCAAGUGUUUGGGUAUGGAGCCUUGACUUGGGAGUGGCAGAAAGGCAUCAGAAGCUACUUGUAUCCCAGUCUAUUUGCUGCACUUUACGCUGUUCUCAAGUUUACUGGCCUGGAUUGUCCGGAAGCUGUGGUAUUGAUUCCACGCUUAUUCCAAGCUGUUAUCAGCACCGCUGCAGAUUAUAGUUUCUACAAAUGGACGGGUGGCCGUAAAUGGGCACUCUUCCUUAUUCUAACACCUUCAUUUUGGUUCUACACAUCUGGAAGAACUCUAUUACAAACUAUGGAAACUUGCUUAGUUGCUAUUGCCUUAUCAGUGUAUCCAUUUAAAGAUGGUGCACUUGCUCGUUAUGAAAAAGAAAAUAACAAAUGGGUCUGGCUUGCUUGUAUUUCAACAUUUUUGCGACCUACAUCUGCACCUAUUUGGUUUGUCCUGGCUCUCCACAAUAUUGCUACCACAAAUCAGGGGAAGUUGAAAUUAUUGGCUGGCACAUAUUUACCAAUCGGAUUGAUGGCUGGUGGAGCACUAGUGGCUUUGGAUACAUAUUUCUAUGGCAAAUUGAUUUUCACCCCACUGGAGUUCUUUAAAUACAAUGUUCUACAUAAUGUCGCCUCCUUCUAUGGAACGCAUCCGUGGCAUUGGUAUCUCACAACGGGAUUGCCAGCAGUACUGGGCAUCAACACCAUCCCUGUUGUGUGGGCGAUAUACACGGUGCUGCGGAGGAGACAAGAGAAUAAGACCGGGAUACUGCUGUUGUUAGCUGCUGCAUUACAUGUUAUUGUUCAUAGUUUCAUACCACAUAAAGAAUUCAGAUUUGUCCUACCACUUUUGCCGAUUCUCUUAUAUUUGGCUCAAAAUGUUAUUGUCCCAUGGAGCAGGAAAGCUAAGGCAUGGAAGCUAUAUUUAGUUGCAACAGUACUGUUAUUGGGUAAUGCAGUACCAGCUAUAUAUUUGGGACAAACACAUCAACGAGGAACUGUACAAGUGAUGCCGUUAUUAAGAGAAGCGAUAGGCAAUAACAACAGGUCUUCCGUAUUGUUUAUGAUGCCUUGUCACUCUACUCCGUUAUAUAGCCAUCUGCAUUUAAACAUAACAACUCGCUACCUGCACUGCGAGCCACCUUCCCCUGGAGAAACUUAUGAGUCUGAGGCCUUCUACAAUAACCCCCAGCGCUGGUGGAGACAGGAGUACAGCAGCAGACAGACCCCCAGCCUGCUGGUGAUGUUCGAUGUGCUUAAGGGACGAGUGGAGAAUCUCCUGCAAGGAUACAACUUGAUACAUGAAUUGCCGCAUACACAGUACCCAGCAGGAGAGGUCGGGGAGAAAGUGCUAGUGUUUCGGAAGAAUGUACAAGUGAAACAAACUGAUGAGGCCAUUUAAUGUACACAUAUACCACGGGACAUAUAGCUAAAUCUACUAUGUUUUAUAAAAAUAUACAUUAUGUUCAAUGCAAUAAGAUCUAUUUUUAGUAUUAAUUGGAUUUUACAAUUGUU